AUGAUCGAUUUCUCCACAAUACUUAUGGGUUGGGUUGAGAGUACGUUGUCUCUGUUGUUAAUGGUUAUUUUUGUUAUUUUUGUGGCUCUUAUUACAAUGCACCUGGGCACCAUUGGAGUUUUCAUAUUGUGGGGUGGUGUAUUGCUCUUCUGGCAUGUGUUAAAUGUUGAAAGAGGUAACUCAGAGGAUGACAUUGAGGCUCAUGCUACAGGGAAUCCCAUUUUGGUUGCAAGAGAAAGGAAUCAAAGACAACCAUCUUCUCAAAAUGUAGACCUUCCUUCUUUGAACCCCAAAAUACAUAUUGCUAUGCUAAGCAUCAGACAUUUGCCUCCUGUUCUAUGCUUUCAAGAGGAUGAAACCACUCAGUCUCAAAAUGUUUGUUCUGUUUGCAUGGAGGAGUUCAAGAAUGGAGAGUUAAUUCAACCUUUUCCAGUUUGUCAGCAUCAAUUUCAUUUCUAUUGCAUCAAUUCCUGGCUACUUGAUGGAAACACUACUUGCCCACUUUGUCGCGGGGAUCUCAGCAUUGUUACUGAAACUGAAAGAUGA